AUGCCCGUCCGCAGGGGCCAUGUCGCGCCCCAAAACACUUACCUGGACACCAUCAUCCGCAAGUUCGAGGGCCAGAGUCGUAAGUUCCUGAUCGCCAAUGCGCAGAUGGAGAACUGCGCCAUCAUCUACUGCAACGACGGCUUCUGCGAGCUCUUCGGCUACUCGCGAAUGGAGGUGAUGCAGCGGCCCUGUACCUGCGACUUCCUGGCCGGCCCCAACACACCGCGCAGCGCCAUGUCCCGCCUGGCACAGGCCCUGCUGGGGGCCGAAGAGUGCAAAGUGGACAUUCUCUACUACCGCAAGGACGCCUCCAGCUUCCGCUGCCUAGUGGAUGUGGUGCCCGUGAAGAAUGAGGAGGGGGCCGUCAUCAUGUUCAUUCUCAACUUCGAGGACCUGGCCCAGCUCUUGGCCAAGAGUGGAAGCCGCAGCCUCUCCCAGCGUCUUCUGUCCCCGAGUCUGCUGAAUUCCGAAGGCACCCAGGGCAGGCCCAGUGCACAAGGUCCUGACACAGGCAAAGUCAAGUACAGGACCAUCAGCCAGAUCCCGCAGUUCACACUCAACUUCGUGGAGUUCAACCUGGAGAAACACCGCUCGGGCUCCAGCAAUGAAAUUGAGAUCAUUGCGCCACACAAAGUGGUAGAGCGGACACAGAAUGUCACCGAGAAGGUCACCCAGGUCCUGUCCCUGGGUGCAGAUGUGCUGCCUGAGUACAAGCUGCAGACCCCACGGCUGCACCGUGGGACACUGCUGCACUACAGUCCCUUCAAGGCCAUGUGGGACUGGCUCAUCCUGCUGCUGGUCAUCUACACGGCCAUCUUCACACCCUACUCAGCUGCCUUCCAGCUCAGUGACCAGGACAAGCCCCAGCCCAAGAAAUGCAUUGGCACCUGCAAGGCAUUGACCGUGGUGGACAUCAUUGUGGACAUCAUGUUCGUGGUGGACAUCAUCAUCAACUUCCGCACCACCUAUGUCAACGCCAAUGACGAAGUGGUGAGCCACCCCCGCCGCAUCGCUGUGCACUACUUCAAGGGCUGGUUCCUCAUCGAUUUGGUGGCCGCCAUCCCUUUUGAUCUCCUCAUCUACCAAACAGGCUCUGAAGAGCCCACCACCCUGAUUGGGCUGCUGAAGACUGCUCGGCUGCUUCGCCUGGUGCGUGUGGCCCGGAAGCUGGACCGCUAUUCAGAGUAUGGGACGGCCGUCCUCUUUCUGCUCAUGUGCACCUUUGCGCUCAUUGCCCACUGGUUGGCCUGCAUAUGGUAUGCCAUCGGCAAUGUGGAGAGACCCUAUCUGGAUCCCAACAUCGGCUGGCUGAACAGCCUGGGCAUACAGCUGGGCAAGCACUACAACAGCAGUAACCCAGUAUCGGGUCCCUCGGUGCAGGACAAGUAUGUCACUGCCCUCUACUUCACCUUCAGCAGCCUUACCAGUGUGGGCUUCGGCAACGUCUCUCCCAACACCAACUCUGAGAAGGUCUUCUCCAUCUGUGUAAUGCUCAUCGGCUCCCUCAUGUACGCCAGCAUCUUCGGCAACGUGUCUGCCAUCAUCCAGCGGCUGUACUCAGGCACUGCGCGCUACCACACGCAAAUGUUACGCGUGCGGGAGUUCAUCCGCUUCCACCAGAUCCCCAACCCUCUGCGCCAGCGCCUGGAGGAGUAUUUUCAGCACGCCUGGUCCUACACCAACGGCAUCGACAUGAAUGCUGUGCUCAAGGGUUUUCCCGAGUGCCUGCAGGCGGACAUCUGCUUGCAUCUGCACCGCGCGUUGCUGCAGCACUGCCCGGCCUUCCGAGGCGCCAGCCAGGGCUGCCUGCGCGCGCUUGCCGUCAAGUUCAAGACGGCUCAUGCACCGCCCGGGGACACGCUGGUGCACCUCGGCGACGUGCUGUCCACGCUCUACUUCAUCUCCCGCGGAUCCAUCGAGAUCUUGCGCGACGACGUGGUCGUGGCCAUCCUGGGAAAGAACGAUAGUUUUGGGGAGCCUGUUAGCCUCCAUGCUCGGCCAGGCAAGUCUAGUGCCAACGUGCGGGCGCUGACCUACUGUGACCUGCAUAAGAUCCAGCGGGAAGACCUACUGGAGGUGCUGGAUCUUUACCCUACCUUCGCAGACAACUUCUGGAGGAAGCUAGAGGUCACCUUCAACCUUCGGGAUGCAGGCGGGGGUCUCCAGUCAUCCCCCAAACAGGCUCCAGGUGACCGGGACCACCAAGACUUCUUCCUCGAUGACAACCAGUUAGGUGAGCAAAGCCAGCCAGCCCCCAAAUAUCCCCUCCUAGCAGAUGGGAGUCUGGGCAGUAGCUCCGGGUUCCCUUUUCCCCCUGCAGGGCCAGGCCCAGCUCCUUCCCUGAGCCCAUCAGAUGCAUCUGACCUCUGGCCUGAGUUGCUGCAGCAAGUUCCCUCAAGGCCAAAACACAGCACCCCCAACCUCAGGAGAGAUGCAGAUGGCUGCCCUCGGGAGCUGGGCUCCAGGCUGGAGCAGCUCCAGGUGCAGAUGAGCAGGUUGGAAUCCCGUAUGUCCUCAGACCUCAGCUUCAUCCUGCAGCUCCUUCAGCAGCCCCUGUCCCAGGACCACUCUGACUCUGUGCUGGGCCCUCUGGCUCCUGAUGGUCAGGUCCUAUCUCCUACAUUUCCAGGAACCAAGGUACCCCAGGGCAGUCUGUCACCCACACAGACCCAUCACUAUGGUGACUUGGACAAAUGUAGACCGAAGAGCAGGAAGCCUCAUCUGGCUGUGGCAUUGAACAACUCUCUGACAUUAUCAUCAGAACACCCUCGGUGCCCCCUGACCUCACCGCUGCAACCCUUGGAGGAGCAGGAACAUGUCUGUGGGCCCCAUUUUCCCUCCCUCCCUGAAGACCUCAACUCUGUCCCCAAACAAACAGAUUUUCAGAGACAUGGCUCAGACCCUGGAGUCACAGGGAGUUAG